UGGGGGUCUGAGCAUGUGUAUUACGGUUGUUACCACGCUUCUGUCACCUCGGCUGAAACCCUUAUGAAUGGAAUACCACUUGUGUAUCGUAAAACGGAACCGGUAGCAGAUCUAUCAAGAUUGCUCGGUCGCAUAUAACGAAUGUCUAUUGAAUACGAGCCCAUGGACAGUGCACAUUAACUGUGGAUAGAACUUUUUGAAGAGAGGCAUUUGAAGUUGUGGUCUGAAUGGCAUUUGAGAAGUAAAUUGAUGAUCACCGUUGGACUGAUACACCACUACACAUAAGACACCCAUGGUUCACAAGCUCCUCAUCAAUGCUCGAGGUUAAAAAAUGCAUCUGAUUGGUGGUUAUUACCUCAGAUAUUCUGUAUAUAAACACCUACAGUAAGGAAAGAUGACACUAAUUCUAAUGCGUCACCACGACAGCACGACAUUGCUCUGGUUACUGCUAUACUUCACAGGAAGCAGCUAAGAAUGAAAUCAGAGGUUAUACUGAACACUUGUGCUCGUCGUCUCCACAGAAAACCUAGUGGUAAGGAUACAACUUGUAGCAAUGGAAAAGGAUCAAACUAUCUCUCUGACAACAGCAAUCAUAGCCUGCUCAACAUCGAAAAUGUUCCGUGUAUAUUGAACAGAAAAUCACCUGAGAAACAAUGUGUUAAUGGAAAACUUAUGAUGGAUGAAGAAGGAGGUGAACGGUUAAUGUUGCCUUCACCAGAGGGCAGCAGGGGCAAUUUGUUGAACCAGGUGGGCAACAUGGACUCUCCAAGCCACUCACCACCACUUUACUCCAGUAACAGACUUGGUGCUUUUAAUAACAAUGGCAGCUCAGAGAGCUUGUGUUCAUCCAUGCCGCCAUUGUGUCUAUCCCAGACACUACCUACAAGUCCACAUGGAAUAGACUCUUUAUCGUUUCCAUGUGACAGCAAACAUUCCGGUGCUUUACCUGUAACUCUUUAUGCAAAUUCAAAUCCAAUUCAACAAGAUGUCCAAGAGUUUAUACGUCCCAGUAUCAUAGCGACAGUGGGUGCUGUUGGCUUGAAUUUGUCAACAUCUAGUCUCAUGGACACCACAGUUGUCUCCCCUGGCCUGGGCUCUCCUCUGUCUCUUGGUCAUCACAGUCUAGAUCUCCAUGGGGAAGGAGGUGAACAGUCAAGUUCACAGUUAUCCCCAAACUCAGAUUCCUCACAGACUUUUAUCAAAAUAUUUGCAAACGAGAAAGACGCUGUGACAGUAGGAAUCGAGUUUUAUGAAUGUCGUUGGGUUAGUUGUGAUAGGAAGUUCAUUUUAUUGGAUGACUUAGUUAACCAUGUAAAUGACUGCCAUGUCAAGGUGGAACGUCCCGACAUAGACUACCAAUGUAAAUGGGAUGGCUGUCCACGGAAAGGGAAAGGAUUCAAUGCCAGGUACAAGAUGCUGAUCCAUAUACGUACACACACAAACGAGAAACCUCACAAGUGUGGCAUCUGUGGCAAGUGUUUUUCACGGCUAGAAAAUCUCAAAAUACACAACAGGUCUCAUACAGGUGAAAAGCCAUAUGCGUGUCCAUUUGAGGGCUGUAACAAGGCAUAUUCAAACUCAAGUGACAGAUUUAAGCAUGUACGGACCCAUCAGGAGGAAAAACCUUACAUAUGCAAAAUGCCAGGAUGUAACAAACGCUACACAGACCCUAGUUCUCUCAGAAAGCAUGUACGAACACAUGGACACUAUUACCGUGAAAAUGAAAAACAGAUUGCCAAAAAUAACAAAUCCUUGUACUUAUCAAACAUUCCUACUCCCUUGUCUCCGUCACUGCCGCCGAGUUCUCCCCACGGAUCUAUACACUCCCCUCCUGUGAAUCGAUUCCUGCCCUUGUCUCCGAGCAGCAUCCUUCCUCACUCACCGAUGCCGUCACAGCUUAUGUCUGUACACAAUAUUAUGCAUGUUUCAAGUUUUACAUCGAAUCCACUCCUCUCCUCUACUAUGUUAUCCACACCCGUCACAACGACUCAAACAACGUCCACUCAGACCGAUCGUAUCCUCAAUUCCCUCUCGCCCACCUCGCCAAUCAAGCUUGAUCUCAGCACGGACAAGAGCUCAGAUGACCAAGAUGAAAAGUGUCAAGAUGGUCCUCUGGACUUAACCACAAACACUUCAUCAGAAACGGAUACCGACAUCGAAGUUGGGGACCGAGAGGUCUCAAAUUUUUCAUCAAGUAAAUGGGAUUUAAUACAUUCCUGACUGACUGGAAUAGAAUUCUUUGAUAAAUUUUGUUGAUGCAUUUCUGGUGGAGAGUUCCUUUACAGGGAAUUAUAAUUUAUCUUUAAUUAACAGAAGGAAGUUUGGUUAUCUAAAUCAUAUUGCUAUUACAACAGCUGUUAGUGGAGUUUUCUCUUUUAAAUCUGUCUCCGGUAUAUCCCCAAAUCAACGUGAAUCUCUAAAAUAGUAUAACAUUAGGUAUAUAAAUGGAUAAUUAUUUCAUUUUGUUACCCGACUCUGUAUCGAUAUGUAAAUGUAAAUUAGUUAUUUUCGACUGUUUCCCAGCAAAAUUGCUAGAAAAAUCUUGUUUUUGAAAGGACAGUUAUUAGACACCUAUUUUGUCUUGAAAAAAUUGGGUUUGUUGGGUCUAAUUGAAAACAGUGAUCUUGUAGAUUAUUCAGUUAACAAAACAGUUGUUUCAUUGUGGCUUAUCAGUUAAAACUAUCCCCCUUCAGUGAUGGGACUAACCCAAUGAACUGUUUGUCUCGGCCUGCUUGUCUCGGAAAACACUAGUUCAUCACUUCAGGGGAUGAUCAAGUUUUGACUGUGGACCGAUAAGGCAUGAAGCAAACUGUAUACUUUGAAAUGUAAUUAAUUGCGAACUGUUAAACUGGGACAUUUAAUUCCAGUAGAAUAUAUAUACUAUGAGAAGACCAAGGAAAUAAAUUCAAUGCAUGGUUGGUGCUGGAGAAAACACAGCUUAACUAUAGGGUACUGUUUGAAUUAAAUCACUUCUUCCAGUGACCUCCGACAAACAUGGAGUCUUCCCAUUGCAUAUUUAUAUACAUAACUUCAAUAUAGCUCUAAUAGUUUAAAUGAAGCCAAACCAACUGAUGGUGAAGUAAAGGUUUAAAAUUUAGGUUUAGUGUUACAGACGUAAAGGAAUCUCUAAUACUCUUUCCAGUAUAUUUCAGUACUGGGAAAUUCAAAGGUUGUUUAUACAUGUAAUUUAUUUAUCUUGUUCAGACAAAAACAGGCAAAAUAAUCCUUUAUAUAGGGUACAGGUUAUGUCUUAAUUAAAUACAGGAAUGAUGGUACAACUAAGACAAAAAAAAGAAGGAUUACCCAAAAAGUACUGCUUCCAAAUUAAUUAGCAUUGAACUAUAAAUGCAUUGAAAUACACAUUGAAGUAUCCUAUAUGAAGGCUAUCAAUCGAUCUCCACGUUACAAUCUUGGAAGAAAUGCCAAUAUAGAUCUUAGAGAAAAUAUGUAGAUUGAGAUUCAUUUGCCUGUAUUCUGGUAUUGUACGAUGAUGAAAUGUAAAGUUGUGGUUCAAAGUGUCGACUGUGAUAAAUGUUAUUAAGUAUACCUGGUAUAUAUUGAACUGGUAAUAUUUGUAUCAUUUUCUAUCAAUUUUUAAAGUUGAGAUUGUAAAUAAAUGAUGGGUAAUUGUAGGACUAAAAGUAAGUUGAUUGAUGAUUUAGUGUGAGAGAAAGAGGAUAGACGUUUUUGUACAGAAAUAUUCACAUUUAUUAAAACAAAUGCAAUCUUCAUUUGUAAAGUAAGCAUUCAAGGAAAUAGUUUUCAUUGUUGCUCCUUCCCAAUUUUAUUUCAUAUUAAAGACAGUAAAUAUCAAUAAAAAGUGAACAGGCCAGAAUAAUUUUUUUUUUUUGCACAAAUGUAUAUUAUAGACAUUUCUGAUAAUUAUUCUUUUAAUCUUAUGUUGUGGUAGUGUUUUUAAAUUACUUAAUAGCGAACUUUAAAUUCACAAAUAUUAGCAUUAAUCUUUGUUAAUCAGUGUGUAUUGUAGUCAUUGUUAUCUGUUCUGCUACUUAAUGAGAAUACACUAUUUUUUAUGCUUGAUUUACUAUUAUGUUAGUAUAUGGCAAGUAUUUACCUUUCAGGUGUCUUUAUCAUAUCAUCUUCAGGCUUUAAUAGACUCCUUAGGGUAUGUUUUAGACUCCCAAAAGGAGUAAUUGACUCCUGUUUUUGAAGGGACAUUAUUAGAUAGAUGUUUUGACUCGAUUUCUAAGAACAUCUGAAAUUGCUCAGUCAAGGGUCAACAGAAAGCUUUGUUGUUUUUGUUGUAUUUUAGUCGAGAAUAAACCGUUUUCUAAAAUUUCA